AGUUUACAACGUUCUCUUAACCUCAAAUAUUCAUGCCUGCUUUGGUAUUGUUAUUAAAAUAUAUUAAAUGCAUUAAAAUUUAAAUAAAUACAAGAAAAUGGCAGAUAUUGAAGAAUAUUUUCCCCGAGGUGGUAAAAAACCUACAACCACGUAUUUUAAACAGAGCGAAAAUUUUCUAGGAGCAGCUGAAAAAGGGGAUAAGAAAAAGAAGAAGAUAAAAAAGAAGACUGACGACGAUGACGGAUAUUUAUCUGAUGAAGUUCAUACAGAAAUUGAUCAAUCAUACAAAAACUGUGGGAUAUAUUUGAACUAUAAGGUGGUUAAAGAAGGCCUACUAAUAUUAGGGAGAGUCCGCCAAGUGUUAGAGACAAAAGUAAACAUUUCACUUCCCUGUCGAAUGCACGGUGUUGUUAUGGCCUGCCACAUCAGCGAAGCAUACAACAAAAUAUUGGAAUCAUAUGUCAAUGAUCAGGUUGAUAGGGUCCGAGAGCUGCCACAAAUGUUCCGAGCAGGUCAAUAUGUAGUUACAAAGGUUUUGGAAGUGACUCCAAACCACCUCAUGCUCACCAUGAUGCCACAGCAUGUUAACAGUGGCAGGAUGCUUGCUGACUUACAUAAAGGAGCACUUAUUCAAGCAGCUGUAUCGUCUGUUGAAGACCAUGGCUUUUUGAUGGACAUUGGUAUACCAAACACAAAGGCAUUCUUACCUAAGGAUUCAACUAACCCAGAAGUUGAGCUGGACACCGGUUCGCUCGCAUGGGUCAUGAUCAAGUCUAUAUCCCCGACUGCAGAGAACAGCGUAAUCACAUUGAGCAAUGAACUCUCAGCGUUACAAAAUGCAUUCCAGCGUAACAAAACAAACACUCUACUGCCUGCUACAGCCCUAGAUUUCGUAGUUGACAAGCCGUUAGACAAUGGUAUAGAGGGUCACGUUUUGGACAAAACAACGGCAUACAUACAAAGGCAUCAAGUUGACAUGGUCAAAGGCAAGAAACCAGCAUUAGGACAAAAGAUUAGAGCACGACUAUUAUAUGCAGUACCACCAAAGAAAACACCAUUCCUGACGAUGAAGGGCAUCUUCGACACCACAUAUCCUGAUAUGGCCGAGGAGCAGAAGCUGCAGGAAGGCGAUAUAAUCGAAGAAGCGAUAGUGCUUAAGGUCACCGGUCGAUUGAUCCACUUCAAGCUGGGGGAAGGCAGUCUGGGUAUCCUAAGUCUCCGAAGAGUAGCUGUUGAUGAGGAUCUCAACGAUGAGCAAGUGUUGACACGGUCAUAUCCCAUAGGCAGCGGCCACCGCGUGCGCGUGCUGAGCUACAGCCUGGCGGACUACGUGUACUCCGUUAGUGACGCGCCCGCCGUGCUGUCCGCCACGCCCUUCCGCCUGGACGAGCUGCGCGUCGGCCAGUCGGUCACCGCCACGGUCGCCGUGCUGGCCGACGACCAUCUGCGGGUCACCGUCGGCCGGGUCACCGGAUAUGUGCCUCAAACUCAUAUGACGGAUAUGGGCGUUUUCGUCGACCCGAAAAAGGCGUCCAAUUCUAAACUGCCCAAAAAGAAAUUCAAGGUCGGUCAAGAAGUGAAAGCGCGCGUGCUGUCAUUGGACUUGUCCAAGCAGUAUCUUGUCCUGACGCUGAAGCCCACGCUGCUUGACGAAGACUUGGAGAUCCUGACGAGCUACGAAGACGCGGUGGUUGGGAGCGCAUACACUGGUGUUGUUUCGCACAUCAGGGAUUAUCUAUUGGUGUCAUUCUUCAACAACACGAAUGCGUACGUUCCGAAACGAUUCGUUUCCGCCCAACCACUCCACAACCUCACGGACGCUUUCCAUCUCGGCCAGAUUGUAAAGUGUACGAUCAUGUCAGUAAACCCGACUGCGAAGAAGAUGUCCGGUAGCCUCACAAAGGCGCCUUUCAGUCCCGCUGAAAUUAAAAAGAAUGCUAAAAAAAGAAAAAAAGAUGCCGAAAAGAAUGAAACUUUGGCUAAAAAGAAGAAAUCUAAUAAAAAUGUUGACGAAAAUGCCAGUAAUGGAGCUAGAGAGAUGGACAUUGAUGAAAGUCAAAAGACUGAAAACAAUAAAAAGAAAAACAAAAAAAAAGUCGAUCGUAUUACAGAAGAAAUGGAUUCAACUGAUACCAAAACAACAAAUAGUGUAGAAGGCGAAACUAAAAAACGUAAAAAGAAAAAUAAAGACAACAUUGUCUCUAAAGAAGAUGAUACCAGUUUGACUAAUACAAAUGAUCAUUCCGCGACAGAGAAUCUUAGCAAAAAGAAAAGCAAAAAAGAGAAGAUUAAAGCUCGUAAAGAAGAAGAGCGUGAGGUAGAAGUGUCCGAAGAGAGCGACCCAAUCGAAACGGACAUACACGAAGAUAGCGAUCAAGUAUUAACACCGAAUGACUUAAGUCUACUGGAUUUAUCCGACUGUAUAACAGCUAAAAACUACAAAAAGAGAGCAGUGGCUCUACUCAAAUGUAUAAACGCUAGAAAGAAACGCUUAGAUAGAAUAGAUAAAAAGAUAGUCAACAUUGAAGCUAAAGGGCUUACUGGGAAAAAUAAAAAAUAUCACACAGCGAUGCACGCUGAGAAACUAUUGACAGAAGAACGUUUAAAAGAAUUCAUGGACAUACUAGCGACAGUACAGGAAAAGUUAAAAGAGUUCGAUGUUAAAGAUAAUACAGAAUAUAAAAAGAAGAAAAUAGAAAAAGUAACCCCACCUGAGGCCACACGCGAGGAUAAAAAGAAAGUUGUAAAAGAAAAAAAUCAACCUAAAGUUAAUUGUAUAAAGAAUGUGUUGGAUAAUUUAAAGCCAGUCCUCGACGCGCCGAGCGCCAAGGACUUCUGGUCGACGAGUGAUGACGUGGCUGCUGAAACAAGAGAAGAAUCUAGCAGUAGUGAUGAAGAGGAGCAAGAAAAACCCAAAAAGAAACGCAAGAAGCUCACGAUCGCUGAGAAGAACGCUAAAGCUAGAGAGGAAGAAGAGAGAAUAAGAGAAUUGGAAAAGAGAGCUAUUGAGAGUGAGAAUGCCCCGCGGUCUAGUGAUCAGUUCGAACGAGCACUGCUAGCCGAGCCGAACUGUAGCCAGCUGUGGAUAGCUUACAUGGCUUUCCAUUUGCAGGCAACAGAAAUAGACAAGGCUCGAGCUGUGGGUCGUAAAGCGCUCAAUACCAUUAACUUCCGGGAGGAGGGCGAAAAGCUUAAUGUGUGGCUCGCUUUACUCAACCUUGAACACAGAUUUGGUACAAAGGAAAGUCAGCAGAAAACUCUCGAAGACGCUCUCCAAAUGAACGAUACGUAUCAAAUCCAUUCGAAGCUGUUAGAUAUACUCCUGGAUACAAGCAAGCACCAAGAGCUGGUGUCGCUGACUGAGCUUAUGAUCAGGAAGUACAGGAAACACCCGGAGGUGUACCGAGUAUGUGGCGAAGCUUGCUACAAGGCGGGCCUCGUGGAUAAGGCGAGGCACGUCAUGCAGAAGGGUAUAGCGGCGUUGGAGAAGAAAGAGCACGUGUCGCUGCUGGUGCGGUUCGCCCAGCUGGAGCGCGCGGGCGGCGACCUGGAGCGCUGCGAGGCGCUGUUCGAGCAGGUGCUGGCCGUGUACCCGCAGCGCGUCGACGUGUGCGCCGCCUACGUGGACGCGCUGCGAGCCGCGGGGGACGUGGUCAGACUCAGACAAGUAAUGGAACGUAUGACAUCUCAAAAGUUGCCAGCACGAAAAAUGAAGGUGCUCUUUAAGAAGUGGAUAGAAGUCGAAGAGAAGAUCGGCGACAAGGAACACAUCGACAGCAUACGACAGCGCGCGCUCGAAUUCAUUAACAAAGCCAAGUUUUAAAUAAAUUAAUCAUAUUUA